ACAAUAAUUAUUUGAGAAGUAGAAACGCACCAUAUUGAAAGUUAGGGCAUUGGAGGCCUGUGGUUAAAAGUUAGAAUGAUUUGUCCUAAACACCCUUAAUGAAUUGUUCUUCUCGAAAUUUCUCCUUCUUCGUAAUUAGGGAGGUAGGGAGAUGCCAUGUUUUGCGCUUGGUCAUUAUGCUGCUGAUUUUAUGAAUGUGUGGACAAGCCGAGGCUACCAGGCUUCAUUCCGUUAUCAACCUGUUUUCUGUGUGUUGCGUUUCUGGAAAGUCGAUGAGUUCAUGGGUGAACCUUCUAUCUCCACCAGAAUUGGUUGUUCUAAGAUAUAUCUUGAGCCAACAUUACCGGAGAUCAAGGACUUGAGGAUGAUGUCUGUUUUUAUAGCUAGGGUAACAUGGGCUAUUGAAGAAGGUGAGGAUUGUGAUGACGCCGUUGUUUCCUUCUCCAUGGCUUACUUCCAUGAUGUUUCGAUUUUGCGCCCUUGUAUUACGGGUUGGCACAUACGAGUGAAGGUUCUGCGCAUGAUUAAUGUUUGCAUAAAUCCUAGGAAUGCUCUCCGUUUGGUUCUGGUGGAUGAUAAGGGUUUUAAGAUCGAUUGUUGGAUUAAUGGUGAAUAUGCGAAACAUUAUGCUGAGUUUUUGAAGGAAGAUCGAUGGUUUUCUUUUACGGAGUUUCGUGUUCUUGAGAACUCUGAUAGAGUCAGGCUUACCAAUCAUCCUUUCAGAAUGUCUAUCUUUGGAACGACUGUCGUUCUUCCCGCCGAUCCACCGUCGGUUGAACCCCGUGACUCCUUUACUCCGUUUAGUUCGAUAAUUGACGGAACGGUUGACGAGAGUGUCUUGAUUGAUUUGAUCGGGGUUUUGUCUGAUGUUGGUGAAUUGGUGAAUGUCGGGACAAAUCCAUCAGAUCUCACUGGCUUCAGACUGAGCUUUCGGAUUCGUGGGCCUUGGUUAGUAUACAGAUAUUUCGAUGGACCAAAGAAUGUUAGGAUUGUUAACAAGGGGCUGAUUUCUAAGGUUUUGCCAUAUCCUGAUGUUCCUGAGGCUGCUGAAUUUUGCACUAUGUCGGUCCUCAUGUGUUGGUGUGACAAGUGAUUCGAACUAGGACAUUAAUGGUGGAUGUGUAGUGUGAUUCGUCUGGACGUUGCCUGUGUGACUCUUUUGUGUAUAUCGGAAAUGUUAACUGGUUGUUUUUGGUUUUGUACUCCGAUCAUCUUGGUUUGUAUGAAUAUGAACUCAGGAUAAUGUUC